CACCAAAAAAACCAAAUGCUCUUACCUGCUUCAUUGACGUUUUUACUAUCAAUUUCUUUCAUUCCUAUUACUCUCCUUGUAUUCCAAACACAUUACACUCGUUGUAUCACGCUAUUGUUGGAUAGGUUACUAUGUUAAUUUUAUAGGGUUACCAUCAUACUAAUCACGAAGUUAUAAUAAUAGUACGUGUCAGAGUUGUAGUCUAUAACUAUAAGAAAAUGACUACAACUACAAAACAACGACUACUAUCAUUGAAAUAAAAGCAUACCUAUUGUUUGAAAAGCUUACCAUGGUGGUAUGAACAAACUAAGACUGUAGGAUGGUUGAAUAUAUGAUGGUAGAAGUAUAUUAAUUGUCAUUUACGACUUUUAACAUUGUGUACCACAAGAUACCACCCCGUACCAGGGUGGUAUUGUAUGGCAUUGUGUGGUAUUUUUUGGUCCUUCACCCAGAAAUUUGUAGAUCCAAUAGAUCAUGAUGCAUUCGUCCCUUCUGUGCAAACGUUUUCAAAAACGAAUUAAAAACGAAGAAAAUACCAUAUAGUAUGCCGUUGGUACCGAGAGGCCAGAUUUUUUUUCUCAAAAAAUAUUGAAAAUUGAUCUCAUUUUGUAGAGCACGAUGAACUCGUUCCAUCUGUGCAAAAAAAAAAAAAAAAGAGUUAAAACGAAAAAAAUAUGAGUCGAUUAAGAAAACUAGGAAAAAUAAAAAUGAUCUUUAAUUUUUCAUUCUUAAAUCUGAAUUUUCUAAAUGAAAGGUCCAAAUUUGAUUAUUAAUGAGUGCAUAACCAUGCACCUAUCUUGAGCCUCCUACCUCCCAAGUGUUUGAUCCAUAUUUCAUGCAUAAUUGUCAAAAUUUAUACAGCUUUUUGGUGGACCAUGACAAUUACUGUCCUCUCGUGGAGGACUUGUCGUCGUCUUUUUUUUUUUUCUUCUUCUUUCUUUGUGUGUGUGUGGUAGUUCACAGUGCCAACACCACUCAAGAAUCAAGAUCUUUUUCGAGCAAAGAAAUAUUGGUAGGUUCUUGCUUAGACUCGCCGGCUAAUUACAGUGUUCUCACGAUAAGUGAUAUUGAGGUGCCUAUAUAAAGCCUGCCGCGGGAGCCCUUGUCAUACAAACCAUACCCGAGAGAGAGCCAAACAUACAUGUUGUUGUGAGAUAAGGAAGGUUAAUAAUAUCCUAUUUCCAUAAGAAGAAGCGUGUUCUUUGAAAUGGCGGCGACAAUGGAGGUUGGAGGUUCUCUUCCUUUUCCCAAUGCUCAUCAGUUUGCUGCAAGCUCCAAGGAUGUUGAACACUCUCUUCCUGUUCCCAAUGUUCAAGAGGUGAGCUCCCAAGAGGUUGGAGAUUCUGUUCCUGUUCCUGUUCCCGAUGUUGAACAAUCGAGCUCCCUGGAAGUUGGAGGGUCUCUUCCCGUUCCCAAUGUUCAAGAGCUGGCUGCGGUCUCGGAGGAUGUAUCGGCUAGGUACAUACGACCAGAGCGCGAGCUGGAACAAGUUGCUAAUGGUGAGUUUGGUCAAAUUCCAGUCAUCGACAUGAGCAAGCUCGUUGGCGAUGACAAGGAGGAGUCCGCUAGACUGCAUUCGGCUUGUAAGGAAUGGGGAUUCUUUCAGGUGAUCAAUCAUGGGGUUGCCGACGAGGUGAUUACCAAGAUGACGGAGAAUAUUCAAGAGUUUUUCAGCCUACCGUUGCAAGAAAAAAUGGAAUAUGCACAACUGCCAACUGGCAUGGAAGGAUACGGCCAAGCUUUUGUUUUUUCGGAACAGCAAACACUUGAUUGGGGUGACAUGUUGUUCAUCAACGCAACGCCUAUCAAUGAAAGAAGAAUGAGGUUCUGGCCGAAAAAUCCCGCUUCUUUCAGGGAAACUCUCGACAAGUAUGCGGCAGAGCUGGAAAAGGCGGCUAGAAGGUUGAUGGUUUCCAUGGCUAGGAACUUGGGAGUGGAGCCAGAAAAGCUGCUCAGUUUGUUCGACGACGGUGUGCAAAGCCUGAGAAUGAACUACUAUCCGCCAUGUGAGCAAGCUAGCAAGGUCACCGGUAUUGCCCCACAUGCCGACGGCACUGGAUUGACUCUGUUGACUCGACUGAAUCAAGCACAAGGUCUGCAAGUCAUGAAAGAAGGGAAAUGGGUUCCCAUUGAUCCUCUUCCAGGCGCAUUCAUCGUCAAUAUCGGGGAUAUGCUUGAGAUUAUCACCAAUGGAGAAUACAAGAGCAUAGAGCACAGAGCAUUAGUGAACGAUAAAAAUGAGAGGCUAUCAAUUGCAUCGUUUCACGACCCAAGCAUGAACAUCAUGGUUGAACCAUUACCAGACCUUCUCAUCAAGGAUCAAAAGAAACAAGCACCAAAUUAUAAAUCUAUAUCCCACCGUGAUUAUAAGAAGAUUUCGAGGCAAAUGAAACUCGACGGCAAAGACAGAGGCUUCAUUACCCAUAUGAAAAUAGAAGCCUAAGCUGGAAGACCAAUGAAUUCAAGCUGCUCCAUGGUCAGAAAGAAGCCGAAAAGUUGAGAACAAGUAAAUCAUGCCAAUGGAUUGUUUUUCUUAUGAAUAAUGUGAUGCAUUGAAGCAUCGUGCCACGUGGCUGAGUAAGUAUUAUUAUUUAAAAUUUCCGUAUUAAUUCAUUGUUGUGAUAUUUCUUUAAUUUGGGAUGUUUAAUUUGUUUGUCUUGUUUGGGAGGGAAAGACUUUUUGUGGAAUUAUUCCUAUCAAUAUGUAUUUUGUUUUGUGUUUUAUUCAUGAAUAAGAAAUCAAGUAAUUAGUAAUAUUAUUUGUAGUCGAUCUUAUCGCUUUUUGUAGUUUUUCGUAGUUAGUUUCUCGCAAAUCAUUGAAACUCUAUGUGUGAAACCAAUCACGCGCCAUAACCAUGCUAAUGGAACGUUGUUGUUUCUUAUGCAAAUUAACUAUUUUUAUAUCAGAUUUAGACUCUGUAGCCUUGUGGCUAGCUAUUAGUAUCAUGAUAACACGAAAGAUUUCCGUUUUAAUAAGAAAUCAUAAUAAAAAGAAGAUAGAUAAAAUAGUGUAGUUGUAGAUGGAUAUUAUCUGUCUCAAUUGCAUGUUAUUUGAAUUAUUUGGGAAGGAUUUGUAAGACAUUGAUUUGUUCACUGUAUCUAUGCUUGAAUUUGUGUAAGAAAAGUAACCGUGAGUGUGAGUUUCGGUUUUAUCGAGUACAUUUUUCUUUUGGGUGUAAUCGAGUACAUUUUCAAAUAUUUACUCCAAAUAAGUGAAGUUGCUUAAUUUAUGUACAAUAGAUAUUACUUGUAUAGAGUCAUAGUCACACUCGAAUACUUUCAAUAUUUUCGAAAACCACAAUGUAUUUAUCCAAUUAAAUAGACCUGGUGAACUGUAAUAUUAAUGCAUCCAACCAAACCAAACGACGUCCCUCUUCGCUCCACAACUAAUACUGCCUACUUAUCUCAACAGUUUCGAAGGCAGAGGCUUGCUGGGCUUUGGCGAUGCUCUUGUCUCUGGAAAAAUGGCUUAAUGGUGGGCCUGCUAUGGGUCUAUAUAUCUAUGAUGGGAAGUGACGGUGCUGACAUGACAUUCAAUACAUUAAUAUGGUCUUAAAAACAUUUUGUGGGUUAAUCACAAUUGUAAUUUUCAUAAAUUAAGUGGAGCACGCAUGUGUUGCGCAUCUCAUUUAUUCUACGUCUCGUGUGUCCCAUAUCACAAAACAUACCAAGGCAAUACUAUGUUUAGAAGGUUUUCUAAUUUGUAUAUUAGUUAAUAUUUAUUGAAAUAUAAUUUUAGAUGUUUU